UCGGGUCGGGGGCCGCAAGCCUCGCUUUUUCUCUCGUGCCGGGGGGAACCUGAGCUGAGGGGUCGGUGCCUGGAUGAAGUGGCUGAGCCGGUGGGCCGUGCCCUGAAGGGGCUACCAGUCAGGGGUCAUGAGAGGCCCCAAGCCUUGUCCCUGCUGGGAGAGGUAAAGAGACCAGACUGUUCUGGGGGAUUCUGAGGCGGAGGCGAUGAAUCUUGCCUGUGGGCUCAGGCCAUGCCAUGGACGCCAAGGGCAGUUUCUGGGGGUCUAAUAGGGACUUUGGAGCUCGCAGCUUCCAACUCCUGGGCCUUGGACGCCAAGGCCUUUGGGCUCAAACCAGACAUAUUCCUAGCAGUAAGCAGGACCUUGGGCCAGCUGCUCUCAGGCAUACAGGGUAGAGGGUGGUGUGCUGGGCAUCUGGGAGCUACCUGUCACCUCAACCAGCUCAUACCCUUCCUGAGGCUGGCAGGCCUGGAGUAGUCCGGGGGACACAAGCCUCUUGUGAGGCUUGGGGCAGCAGGGGAGAUCCUGGCUGGAAAGUCCACCGACUCCUCGCUGGGUCUUACCUUCCAUCAUCCUCUGUGUGUGAUCACUUUCCAGACCAAGCCACUGAGGUACAUGGAGACCAAGUGUCUUGUCCGGGGUCCAACACUCCUCCCGCCACCUCCAUCAAACUGAGCUGACACUCCCUAGCCCGGGGCAACUCUGUAGACAAGGUGGAGAGGCUGAAUCUUGAACAUCCACAGCUGGUUAAUAGAUGAUAAGUGCCCUGCUGGACGUGCUAAGUGGCUACAGGUGCAUCUGCCAUAUUCAAGGAUGCUUUUGGCAAACCCGCUCCUGCUGCUGUGCUCAGCAGGCAGCUCCCUGCUCACGUGCAGCCCACGUGCUCAACCUCAUAGGGAUGGGGGUGAGCAGAGGGCAGUGGAAGAAGCUCAGUGUGAUCAAGAAAUCUGGUACCAGGCACAGUGGCUCAUGCCUACAAUCCUGCAUUCUGGGAGGCCGAAGUGGGUGGGUCCCUUGAGCUCAGGAGUUCAAGAUCAGCCUAAGCAAAAGCAAGACUCUGUCUCUACUAAAAAUAGAAAAACUAGCCAGUUUUUAUGCUGGGUUCCUGUAGUCCCAUCUACUUGGGAGGCUGAAGCAAGAAGAUUGCUUGAGCACAGGAAUUUGAGGUUGUUUAAGCUAUGAGCACUCUACCCAGGGUGAUGGAGUGAAACUCUGUCUCAAAAAAAAAGAAAGGAAAUCUGGGAAGAGAGAUGGUGGGGAGGGAAGGGUUGGCUGAGGCCCAGCCUAAGGACGGAGGAAAGGGGCCAGAGAGGAAGGUGCUAGACAUUCUGGGCAGACUUGUGGCUCUACACCCAGAAAUUGUGAUUCCAGGGGUCAGGGCCAGGUGCAAGCAUCUGUGUCUUUAAGAACCAACACCAGGUGAGCCUGUUGAAGGUGGCCCACACUGGACAACCUCCAGGGGCCUCUGGAGGGGUUCUAGAGGGACAGGGGUAUGGGAGAGGUCAGGUCCAGGGGACCCUUUUAAAGACAGAGGAAAGUAGGCUUUAGCUGAGUACCAAACAUUUGCACUGGGGGACUCAGACAGACCCCAGCAUUGGUCACACAUCUGGCUCUGUCUCCCUUCUCAUUACCUGGGCCAAGUCUCUCUAGUCAGGAUGGGAUGGUCAGGCCCCAGAAGGAUAGCCCCCACCUCCCACACUUGCCCACUUCUGGGUGCUGUGACCUCAGCCCGGCCUAUUCCACAUGCUCCUGGACACAGUGACAGGCCAGCCUCACUCUCUUACAGGUACUACCUGAGAAUACAUGCCACCUCCUUGCCCAGAUGUUUGACCCACAACAGAAGACAGCUGUCUGCAGCAGGUUAGUUGUGAAUGGACCCAGCCUGGGACAGAUCCCUCGGGCCUCGGCCAAGCACCGCCAGCAUCCGGGUACGGGAGCUGGGCUGGCAGGGCCUACACAACCCCUGCCCACAGAGGAAGGGUCGAGGCAGCCAUGGGGGCAGCCGCAGAGAGCGGCUGGUGGAGCAGUACCUGUCCCCUGCCCGACUGCAGGCCCUGGCCCAGGUGGAUGACCUUCAACUGGUGCGGGUGCUGGAGAUGUGUGUGGACACCCGUGAGGGCAGCCUGGGGAACUUUGGGGUGCACCUGCCCAACCUGAGCCAGCUAAAGCUAAAUGGCAGCCGCCUGGGCUCCCUCAGGGACCUAGGGACCUCUCUGGGCCGCCUGCAGGUGCUAUGGCUGGCUCGCUGUGGCCUGACAGACCUGGAUGGCAUCAGCUCCUUCCCAGCACUGAAGGAGCUCUAUGUCUCCUACAAUAACAUCUCCGACCUGAGCCCGCUGUGCCUGCUGGAGCAGCUGGAGGUGCUAGACCUGGAGGGCAACAGCGUGGAGGACCUGGGGCAGGUGCGCUACCUGCAGCUGUGCCCACGAUUGGCCACACUCUCCCUGGAGGGGAAUCUGGUGUGCCUGCGGCCGGCCCCUGGCCCCUCUGCAAAGGCACCCAGGGACUACAACUACAGGGCAGAGGUGAAGAAGCUUGUGCCCCAGCUGCAGGUACUAGACGAGGUGCCGGCCACAUGCCAGGGCCUGCCAGCGGCCCUGAAGCUGACCCAGGACUGGCUCAUGGUGAAGGAGGCCAUCCAGAAGGGCAGCAUCCUCCCCCGGCUGGCAGAUCGUCCCCGUGGAGCCCCCAUGCAGAGACUUGACCCUGAGCUGUCUCUUUCUGAGACCCAGCCCCUGGCCCCCCGGCCCUGGCCCUUCUCCCUGCUGAUCCCUGGGAGCCCACGGCCUCAAAGCCUGCUUUCUGAGGACCCAGCCCCAGGAGACAACGCCAGCAGCCUCACCCAUGGUGCUGGCCAAGUCCUCUGUGGAAACCCCAUCAAAGGCCUGCGAGAGCGUAGGCACCAGUGCCAGGCCUGGGUGCCCCCGGAGCAGCUGCCUCCACACAGGCCAGAUCUGGACACUAGCACCUCCACCCUAGGGCCUGACCCUGCAGACAGCUGUGACCUUCUGGACUUGGCCAGGCUUCGGGCCUGGCAGGAGCUGGGCCCAGGGCACCCAGAGUCUCAGCAGGAAGGGGUCACAGGCCCCCAGGGCCCACGAAGGGUCCCUGAAGAACAAGAGGACCAGGCUGGGCCCAAGACUCCCUGCAGCCCUCUGAGCUUGGCCUCAGAGCCUUUCAGGACCUUGAGCUUCCACCUGACUCCUUCUCCUCCUAAAUGCCCAAUGCCACCUGACUCAGGCAGCAGCUCCCCCUGGGGAUCUGCAGACCUGCCCUCCAGGGGGCAUCCACUCAGAGCCUUGGGCAGCCUGAGGCCUGGCCUGGGUGAGGGGCCUGGCCUGGGCGAGGGGGUGGCUGCAAUGACUGCCCUGAGAGCCCUGGAGGUGGCCUCAAGCCUUAGUCCUCGAGCUCAGGGAUGUCCAAGUCCAAAGUCAGCACCAGAUCCAGCACCAAGACACCCAGGCCUCCGGUAUCGGCGGCACCUGAAUCCUGUUGCUCAGUCACACCACUAGUGCACAGAUACUACCCCCCUCCACUGCCAAGCUUGCCUGGACUAGGGCCAAGGAUCUCAUGUGAUCCUGCAACCCUAUGUGGACUCUGGCCUCACCAGACCAAAGCAUCUGGGCUGCUGUGUUGUGGGGUGGGAGGUGAGUCUGGCACCGGAGAGGACUCUCCUAGUAGAGGGGAGUGGGAGCUUGGGACUAGCUAAGGGGGCACAGAGGCCAGAGCCCAAGUUAGGACCCAGGCUUGGGUUUAGCCUGGAUAGGGAGGGUCCAAUCCCCAUCCUUCCUUGGGGCCAGGCUUUCCUGGAGGAACAGCCCUAGAGCCAGGCCUGUCAGACAUCUCCCCUGAUGCUGGGGCCAGAGCUCGAGAAUCCGAACCGGGGGUAGGAGCCCAUCCUCCCCUUCAAGGAUCCUCCAAUUGUCCGUGGGUCCG